AUGUCGGAUUACCCAUAUCGUGCCUACUCGCCGUCAGAUUCGGGCCCCAAUCGGAGUCCGACUAGACGGACACCAAACCCGCCUGGUGCUAACUAUCCGGCUGCAAACGACUGGAAUCGGAAUGUGCACUCUAUGCCUGGCUUCGAGGGCUGGAGAUCCGAUGAUGGACCUAAUGCCCUCCACGCCAGCACUCCAAACAUCGUUCCGGAAGUCGUUCCUAAGGAUCCUUUCUUAAUCCCUCAAGCCUCAUCCUUCUCCCAAAGUUCCAAUUCCUACGGCGUUCCUCCAUCUCUUCAGCCAGGCAGUAGGGACUCUAUCUCUGGAUCAUCUCGUUCUACCUUUACUAGCAGACAAGACACUGAAUUCGACCUGGCAUUCGGUACCGGACCAACUCCUAAUCGAAAUUCAUACUCUACUGCAACAUCUAGUUCUGAUUCUCCAUAUCGUCGACGACACGCCCGGACACCUUCCGAGAGCUCUAACGACUCUGCAUCCAGAUCUCGCGACCGAAGAUCUAGCCAGCAAAAUCGAGACCGAACUCCUAGUACCUCUCCUUCCCGUGCCAUUACACGAGACGGAGUAGCAACAUCCUCAAGUGCUUUGAGAACUCCAUCUGGGAACAUAAUGUCUGCAAUCUUUAACUCAGAGAAUGCCGCAGCUGUUGGUAGCGUGUUGGGAUCCGCUGCCUCUUAUCUCGGAUCUAGGGCUGGCGCUGCCAGGCCCGGGGAUCAGCCACAACAAGAGUACGACAAUAUUCCUGGAGGCUACAAUAACCGUCCAGUUCCCGAUACGGCUUCAGGCACUAACAAUGCAUUCGGAAUUGGUGACGCUAUGAGCUAUCUAUCAAGCCAUCUAGCGGCACCACAAACUCCCGCGCCGCCGCCACCAGCACCGUCACAACAGCAGGGAGGAAGUCCAUUUACGUUAGGCAAUGCAUUGAAUUAUCUACAACAUGCUACUCAAGGCCAGGCAGCAACCACCCCUGGGAAUAGUAAUGGGAUCCCUCAGAACUUCCAGCUUGCGGGGAUAGACAUUGAUCUCAAGUGGAUUGCACAGAAGGCUAGUGAACAGAAUCCUUGGGUGCUCCUUGGAGGAGCAGUUGUUAGUUUUUGGAUUAUAAGCAGUAUCAUUGCUACUUUGAUCUGGUAUGGUAUGGUCGCCGGUGUUCUUUAUGUUAUAUAUAUUGUCGGUGUGAAGAAUGGAGGGUUUCAAGCAAUUAGUGGUGGCUCGGCGCCACCAACAAGGAGAAUCAGUACUCCGGGAAACACAGGCAGCAGCUGGGGUAGCGGUGGGAGGGCACCCGGUGGGGGAACGGAAUGGAGAAGGAGGACUUAG